AUGGGAAAGAGCAGAGCAAGAAAAGAUCAGAAGACAUGGGAAGCAGAGGAAGACCAACAAGGCUGGGAGCCAUACGGAUCCUAUGGUGGAUCCAAACGCUACUGGCAUGGGGCGUACGAGACAUGGAGGAAGCACUCCCCGUCUCCGAAAGCGAAAGCCAAGAGCCGUGCCUUUCCGGCUUACGACACCGACUGGACCGAACCCUCCGGUGUGGCGGUGGUGGCCGAACGGCGCAAUCCGCAAGGACCUCAGCAAGGCCGCAACAGCCUUGCCCGGAUUGCACAGGAUGCUGUCAAUCUUCUGCGGAAAGCGGAGAACAAGGUCGCGAAGCUGCAUACAGAGGUGCAGCAAAAAGCACGGCGAUGGGAGACCUACCAGCUGGAACUGAAGAAUUCCUUUGUGCAGGAAUAUCAGAGACACUUGGCGGACCUGGACAGGCUCGAGCACGAGACGGCAGAGGCCACGGCACAGGAGGCGAAUGCUCGAGAGGUCCUUGGACGAGCGAUGGAGGGCAUUGCUCCCAAGAAUGCUGGCCAGGAUCAGGCCUUGCAAGCUUGGAGACACCUCUUUGCCGAUGCUCAGGAGGAGGUGCCCAUGGAGUUGGACUCGGCUACAUUAGGCAAGCAGCUGGACGAGUUGCUGCUUACUGGGACGACGCCGGCAGGUCCUGCAGGGCACAGUUUGGCAGCAGUACCGCCAGGACUAGCUGUGCCGCCGAGGAUGGAACAAGCCCGGGUGCCGGCAUACAAUGCAGCAUCGCCAACCGUGUCACGGGAUCCAUACAUGGCGGCCAGCCCACGGGUUCUGGCCGGAGACCGGGGUCCGGUGGCGCCCUCCGAAGCGGCAGUUGCUGUGGGCAGGGCACCUUCGUCUGGACCUUUGACAAGACCGAUCCUGCCUAUGGAUGCAGACUCGAUAGCAGCAGUCCGUGCCCUGAAGGCACGUGUGGGAGUGAAGGAGUCCACCAAGAAUGCUCCUCAGGUGCCAUCGCCCCACACAACCAGCCUCGCCGACAAGCUUCAGGAAGCCCGACGGAGUGCAAUGCGACCGUUUGGGUUGCCAGUUCCACUAGCUCCACCGACCCCUGGCCAUGCGGAUUCAACGGGCUCUUCGCAGGGAGCUCACGGAAGCGAGCAUGCUCGACCUCCGGGAGAGGUCUCCGGAAACCGGGCAACGAAUCUCAAUGUGGUGGAUGUGGACCCAGACGAACUGCAGGCGGCUUCGCCAGGGCUCGGACGACUGGACCACUGA